GGAGUUCUGUGUAUAGUUUCACUUGGCAAGUCCCACACAAAUGUCAGGCCCAGGAAAUGCUGUACUAUAAAAGCAGAGCAGGUCCUCUCAAGUUUAUCAUUGCAACUUCUCCUGUUAACCAUGAGACUACAACUAGCUCUCCUGCUGGUCGCCCUAGCAACUACGGCUCUUGCCUCCGUCAACUUUAAGGAGUACGGAACUGAACAAGAGCGACAAGUUGCCAUCCAAGCUGCUAUAGAAGAGGCCAAAGCUUCCAGCAAAGCACGAUUAGAGAAGGUCAGCAUCCAAUCAGAUGCAGAGAAACAAGGCAAAUACACGGCAGCAAAACUAUUGUCCAAGUUUUUCAAGCGAGCUUCAGCCGAGGCCAAAAAGAAUGGAGAAGCUAGACUAUUGUACGAACAGAUGGUUCAUAAAGCUGAGAGGCGGCUCUCAGAGGUGAGGCGCUCAUCAAUGGCUGCCAGUCAAUCCUCUCAAGACAAAGCAGAGGCCAUUGCUCACGAACUAUUCCACCCUCCUGGCUCACUGCUUACCAAGCAAGAGAUUGCACACAUGUGGCAAGAAAGUGGCUGCCAAGAAUUAAGGGAAAAGCCAAGCUGCCAAUCGCUGACUAUUAACCAGUUCAGGACUAUUGAUGGAACCUGUAACAAUCGUCGCAAGCCAUUGUUGGGUUCAGCUGGGACUAUCUUCAAGCGCCUGGCUCCCCCAGAGUAUGAGGACGGUGUUAGCUCACUGCGUGGCACUCUACAAAACAGAGGAGGCUUCUUUGAUUCCCUCACACCAUUUGUACCACCGAAUCCCAGUCCACGGUUUAUCAGCACUACCAUUAUACAGAAUGUUACUAAUGAUGAGCUCCCCUUCUCCCACCUCCUCAUGCAAUGGGGCCAGUUCCUGGACCAUGACUUGGACCUAUCUCCUGAACUAGAGGCAGAGUGCGAAGGUUGUGAAGCUACAGAGAUUUGUGAACCAAUUAGGGUGGCCGAUAUUGAUAGGAAAUUUGGAAAAGGCACUCUCAAUGAUGGAGAAUGUUUGCCACUACGAAGAUCGCUGCCAGCCUGUGAACUGGAGCAGCCACUCAGCUUCUUCCCUCGAGAACAAACUAACGAUAUCACCUCAUUCAUUGAUGCUUCCAUGGUGUAUGGUUCUCGUGAAGCUGUUGCUAAAAGCGUACGUGCAUUCGAGAAUGGUCUGCUUCGAGUGGGAAAAUCAUUCCCCGGUAGUCAGCCGAGUCUGCCAGUAGACACUGAGGACCUAGUUGCAUGUAUGAAUGCAAUGGACUGCUUCUUGUGUGGUGACUUUCGCUGCAAUGAACAGAUCUCUCUGACUGUGAUACACACUUAUUGGGUGAGGGAACAUAAUCGCUGUGCUAGAGAGUUGGGCACCAUUAAUCCCCAUUGGGAGGACGAGCGUCUUUACCAGGAGUGCAGGAAGAUUGUCGGAGCUCUCAUUCAGAAGAUUACGUAUGAAGACUACCUUCCUAAAGUGUUUGGAGUGCCAGCAUUCAAUGACUUUGUUGGUCCCUAUCCUGGCUACAUGCCUGAGGUUGACCCCGGUGUACCCAACUCCUUCGCUACCGCUGCCUAUCGCUAUGGACACAGUCUCAUUCGCUCCAAGUUUGAUCGUCUAGAUGUCAACUAUCGCCCCCUUCCCAUUGGCCCCCUCAAUCUGGUGGACAUGUUCUUCAAUCCUGACCAGUUCAGAAAGAGUCUUGGUACAGAUCCAAUUGCUCGUGGCUGGCUUAAUUCAAACUCUCGUAGAAUGGACGAAUUUAUGAACAAUGUGCUCACAUCGCAACUCUUCCAGACGUCCAUAUCUCCGGGCAUGGAUCUAGCAUCCCUCAACAUACAGCGUGGGCGUGAUCACGGUCUCCCACCUUACACUGUCUUCAGGAACUUCUGUACUCGCCAGUUUGGGCAAGCCAGUCCCUUUGAAAACGAUCUUACGUUGGUACGAUUUCUGCAAUUGUACGGAACAUUGGACACCCUGGAUCUAUGGGUUGGUGGAUUGGCUGAGGAUAGACUACCUGAGUCACUAUUGGGAGCUACCUUUGCUUGUAUAUUUGGCCUCACCUUUCAAGCUGUGCGAAAUGGGGACAGGUUUUGGUACGAACGAAAUUUUGCGUUCUCAAGAGCCCAGCGAAGAGCGAUCCAGGCCGAUACUUUGUCCCGUGUACUUUGUGAUAACUCUGACAAUAUGGUUACUAUUCAACCUGAUGCAUUUGUCACCAACCAGACGCGUGUGCCGUGCUCCAGCCUGCCCAGGAUUGACUUCUCCCUCUGGAAGGAAGAUGUGUGCUACUUCAGAGUGGCAUUGGAGGGAAUUAGCUCUGAAGAAGCCAUUAAUGUUGUCAGUCGAUCUGCUAGACCCACCUUCGUGUUUACCUCAGCCAUUAUUCCCCCCAGCCCUCAGCGCUCCUUUGAGUGUGUUCAGAUGCAGUGUCCCACUGAUAGGCAAGACACAGACAUCAUGGUAAUGGCCAGCCCUCGAAUGCCCUUCAGAGUGAACUCUAAUCUCCCCUCCACCAGUCUACCACCUCAGGAUAAUGCAUACAGAGCUGAUUGGCCACGCUCCCAAUUGUCUGCUGGUCAGGGUGGUGUGUUCUUGACUGAAGAUGCUUGUAAAUCCUCUAGUCAAGUUGCUCUGACAUUCACUGGUGAUAGAGCCACUGGACAAAGUAACGAGGAUAUUCCCGAGAGUGUGCAGAAGGUACUCGAUUCUGAGGUACCCGAUACUGACUUUGAGAGCAAAGAAGGAGAGGAAGAAGUAAAGACAGCCUCUGAUAGCGAACUACUCAAGGAACUGGAGAAUGCACUCGAGCAACUUCAGUGAACAAUUUUAACUCAACCUAUAAUUAUUUGUGAUGUUUAGUGAAUUUGUCAGUAGGUUUUUAUUAGUUGUGUCAUCAUUUGUAUCUGUACAUACAUUGUUGUGUCAUCAUUAUUUUGUGCGUAUAUUGUUUCAAUAAUUAUGGAUAUACGUGAACAA